CUUUGCCUUGGAAACUGAGGUGACAAGAGGGUGGUGCUGCAGUUCGUAUCUCGAUGCUUAGCUGUUAGAAUUCAGCUCCUGCCUGCUCGAGCAACCAUGUCAGAAGGGGACAGCAUUGGUGAGUCUGUUCAUGGAAAGCCUUCUGUGGUCUAUAGAUUUUUCUCAAGACUUGGACAGAUCUACCAGUCCUGGUUAGACAAAUCUACGCCAUAUACUGCGGUGCGAUGGAUUGUAACUUUGGGUCUGAGUUUUAUCUACAUGAUUAGAGUUUAUUUACUGCAGGGUUGGUACAUUGUGACAUACGCCUUGGGAAUCUACCACCUAAAUCUCUUCAUAGCUUUCUUGUCGCCAAAGGUAGACCCCUCUUUAAUGGAAGAUUCAGAUGACGGUCCUUCCUUACCUACAAGGCAAAAUGAAGAAUUCCGGCCUUUCAUUAGAAGGCUCCCAGAGUUUAAAUUCUGGCACUCUGCCACUAAAGGAAUCCUGGUUGCUAUGGCAUGUACGUUCUUCGAGGCGUUCAACGUUCCUGUUUUUUGGCCAAUCCUUGUGAUGUACUUCAUUAUGCUAUUUUGUAUCACUAUGAAGAGGCAAAUCAAGCACAUGAUAAAGUACAGAUAUAUACCUUUCACACAUGGCAAGAGGAAAUACAAAGGGAAAGAAGAUGUGGGAAAGACCUUUGCUAGCUAGAAGAUGCAAUCAACCUGUUGACCAGUUCUACUUCUAACUAAAGGAACGAUUUUGAGCCAUUGUAACAAUGCCUUUUUUCUUCAUAAAAAAUGAUUAACAGAGUGGUGACAAAGCAGUUGAAUUUUCAUUUUAAGAGGAUCUUGCUGUUUUUAUCUGAACUAUCAGUUUCUUGAAGAAACUGGCAUUCUAACCAAAUUGCAUUGAGUUUAUUAUCUUUUGUAAGAAGUUGGAGAAACUUUGGAUAAUCCCAUGGAUUUGGGGUAAUGUAUUUCUUCAAAGAUCCAUUGCACUGGAGAGAUUAAUGGCUUAGAGUUGGAUAUUUUUACAUAGUUCUCCUGCUCAAUAUCACCCUGAAGUGCUGUGCACAUAUGUGGAGGAAAAAUGUAAGAUGGCACACGUGAUGCUGUUUUCUGCUUCAUGGCCGUGUGCUACUUUCAUAGAAAAAUACAGUAGACCUAAGUAGAUGCAGAACUUAAGCCAGUUUCCUAAAUGCAUGGUAUUACUGAGUUAUAACCAAAUAUAGGUAGGAAUAAGAAAUCUACUGAAUUACGCAAUUUGCAGUAGGGAGAAAAUACUCAUGUAGCUUCUGAAGUAACUCCUUUGUGUUGGGUUUUAAUGCCAGUUUCACCAUUACAUCUCCUAGCAGGUGCUAAAAUUGGGCUCUUUUGUGAUGACUCAAAACUUUGUCCAAACUAUCACAAUUUCCUUUGAGGACCUGGAAUUAUAAUUGUUAUUAGAUGGAAUUUCUUUCAUAUGUAAGAGUUUCUUGAUUAAUUUAAGGUGAGUUCAUGCAGCCCCUUCUGAAUAUACCCAAACUGGCCAUAGCAGACAAACGGUGUGGGUUUUGACACAGCUUUUCAUUUUCUAUGGGGAAAAAAAAAGAGAUAAAUGACCUGCAUGUGAACUUUUUCAUGUGAUACAACUGCAGUUUUAUUAAGUGCUUUUUAAUUCCAAAAUUUAUUAAAAGACAGUGUCCCCCUUUA